UCUUCUUUUCUCAGUGCUUAUACCCUAGUUGUCAAUAAAACCUCAGCAGUUGGAGUAUUUCGCAGAGCUUAUAUCCUUUUUCAUGCUCAUGAGAAUCUUUCUUAGCUAGGGUUCUGGUUAGGCUUUCAUCUGGUUGAUAGAACUUCGUUAGAGUAGAAAUGAAUAAUCUGAAGCUCUCAUGGGAGCUACCGUCGAAGCUUCAAUUACACUCGGAAGAUGAAGUUGUCCAAUUUGCAGCAUUUGAUAUUGAACGCAACCGUAUCUUCUUCGCUUCCUCGGCCAACUUCAUAUACACAACUCAUAUUCCAUCUCCUCAAAAUGAAGGAACAUGGGGUUCAGCUUCAUUAUCUGCAGCAGUUGACUCUAUUGAUAUGGAACCGGGAGAUUACAUUACUUCCAUGGAUUAUCUGAUGGAGAAGGAAGCACUGAUAAUUGGGACUUCGUAUGGGCUUCUCUUGCUAUAUGUUGUGGAUGAUAGUACCACAGAAGUGGUCGGACGAGUGGAGGGUGGCAUAAAGUGCAUUUCGCCUAGUCCAGAUGGAGAUUUGCUUGGUGUAAUUACUGGUUUCGGUCAAAUACUAGUGAUGACGCAUGAUUGGGAUGUGCUAUAUGAGAUGGCACUGGAUGAUCAUCCUGGGGAUGUUGACGUACAUGAACCAGCUGUCUCCUCCAACUAUUCUUGUGAGAGUCCCAUUUCUUGGCGAGGUGAUGGCAAAUUCUUUGCAACCCUAAGCAAAGAGCAUGAUGCACUUCCCUUACGUAAAAAACUUAAAGUUUGGGAACGAGAUUCAGGUGCACUUCACUCUGUCUCAGAACCAGUGGGUUUCAUGGGAGCAGUUUUGGACUGGAUGCCCAGUGGGGCAAAAAUUGCAUCUGUUUAUGAUCGAAGGGAAGAAAAGAAGUCCCCAUCAAUAGUUUUCUUUGAGAAGAAUGGAUUGCAACGAAGCUCAUUUGGUGUUAAUGAUAACACUGAUGUAAAGGUAGACUCUUUGAAGUGGAAUUGUAACUCUGAGCUUCUUGCAUUUGUGGUUAGAGGUGAAGAUCAUGAGUCUAUCAAGAUUUGGUUCUUCAAUAAUAAUCAUUGGUAUUUGAAACAAGAGAUUAGAUACUUAAAGCAGGAUGGAGUUAAAUUCAUCUGGGAUCCAACAAAGCCACUACAGUUGAUAAGUUGGACUGUCAAUGGCCAGAUAAUGAUAUACAAUUUCAUGUGGAUCACAGCUGUAAUGGAUAACUCAACAGCAUUUGUAAUUGAUGACUCCAAGAUACUAGUCACCCCACUUUCUGUUUCUCUGAUCCCCCCUCCUAUGUAUUUAUUUAGUUUAAAAUUUCCCAGUGCAGUUCGAAAUAUGGCUUUCUUUUCUCACGGUUCUAAACAUAACCUGGCCACAUUUUUAUCAGAUGGCAGGUUGUGUAUUGUAGAGCUUCCUGAAAUAGAUAUGUGGGAGGAGCUAGAAGGCACUGAAGUCAGUGUUGAGGCUGCCUCAUGUGAUAUUGGAUUUGGAUCUUUUACUCACCUGGCAUGGUUGGACUCACAUGUACUUCUUAGUGUUUCUCAUUUUACCUUUAAUCAGGUUAAUUGCUCAUUAGGAAACUUUUCUGGCAAGGAUGGGCUGCCUGCCUAUUACCUGCAAGAAAUUCAGGUCAUGUGUUCUGAAGAUCAUAAACCUGGUUCUGUAACAUCCACAGGCUGGCAAGCUAAAAUUUCCAACCAAAUUUCUGUUGAAGAACAGGUAAUUGGAAUAAUCCCUGGCCCACUAAAUAGAUGUUCAGCAUAUAUUCAGUUUGAUGGUGGAAAAAUUGUCCAAUAUUUGUCGAAGUUAGGGGGCAACAGAAUGGUUCCUCUUCAGAAAUGUGAUGACAUGUGUUUCUCAUCAUCAUGCCCAUGGAUGACUUUGGCUCUUGCUGGGGGGUUCAUGUCACAGAAGGCUUUACUUUUUGGACUUGAUGACAAUGGAAGGCUUCAAGUCGGUAGAAGGAUAUUAUGUGACAACUGCAGCAGUUUCUCAUUUUAUUCGAAUGCUACAGACCAAUCAAUAACACAUCUGAUUCUUUCAACUAAACAGGAUCUGCUAUUUAUUGUAGACAUUGCGGAUAUUCAAAAUGAACAACUGGCUGUUAAAUAUGGGAAUUUCCUACCUGCUUUCAAGACUAGAACUGGAGAUGAUGGAAGAAACUAUAUAAACAUAUGGGAAAGAGGUGCUAGGGUUAUAGGUGUGCUACAUGGAGAUGAGUCUGCUGUCAUUAUUCAAACAAUGCGUGGAAAUCUUGAAUGUGUCUACCCAAGGAAACUGAUUCUGGCCUCAAUCAUCAAUGCCUUGGUCCAGGGGCGCUUUAGAGAUGCGUUAUACAUGAUACGGCGACAUAGGAUAGACUUUAAUGUUAUUGUUGACCACUGUGGUUGGAAAGCCUUUAUUCAGUCAGCUCCAGAAUUUGUGAAACAGGUGAACAACUUGAGCUAUAUAACUGAGUUUGUUUGUGCUAUCACAAAUGGAAAUGUAAUGGAGACGUUGUAUAAGGAUUACAUAUUGCUACCUUGUCAAAAGGAGUUGAACACUGUAAAAUCUGGAUAUACUGACGAUUCUGAUAGUAACAGCAAGAUUUCUGCUGUCUUGUUGGCGAUAAGAAAGGCCCUGGAGGAGCAAAUAGUGGAAAGUCCUUCAAGGGAACUUUGCAUUUUGACUACAUUGGCUCAAAGCCAACCUCCAGCUCUUGAGGAGGCUUUGACAAGGAUAAAAUUUGUCCGACAAAUGGAGCUAUCAGGUUCUGAUAGUCCAGGACGGAACAAUUAUCCUUCUGCUGAGGAAUCUUUAAAGCAUCUAUUGUGGUUGUCUGAUCCAGAAGCAGUUUUUGAAGCUGCUUUAGGAAUUUAUGAUUUGAACCUAGCAGCUAUGGUUGCAUUAAACUCACAGAAGGAUCCAAAAGAAUUUCUUCCAUUUCUUCAAGAAUUAGAACGUAUGCCAGCUGCAUUAAUGCAAUAUAAUAUUGACCUUAGACUGCAAAGGUAUGAAAAUGCUUUGCGACAUCUUGUUUCAGCUGGAGAUGGUUAUUAUGAAGAUUGCAUGAGGCUCAUGAGAAGUUAUCCUCAGCUUUUCCCCUUGGGUCUGAAACUCAUCAGCGAUCCUGUUAAAAAAGCACAAAUUCUUGAUGCAUGGGGAGAUCAUUUGAGUUCAAUGAAAUCCUUUGAAGAUGCUGCUGUCGCUUACUUGUGUUGUUCUUCUUUGGAAAAAGCUCUGAAAGCUUAUCGCUCUUCUGGUAAUUGGAGAGGAGUUCUUACAGUUGCUGGGCUGAUCAAAUCUGGGAAGGAGGAAGUAAUACAGCUGGCAUAUGAACUCUGCGAGGAGCUCCAGGCACUUGGUAAACCAGGAGAUGCUGCCACAAUAGCCUUGGAGUACUGUGGUGAUGUCAAGGCAGGUAUUGAUCUUUUGGUUAGUGCAAGGGAUUGGGAGGAGGCUCUAAGGAUUGCCUUCCUUCACUUGAGGGAUGAUUUAGUUUCAGAAGUGAAAAUUGCUUGUCUUGAAUGUGCCAACUUGCUGAUUGGUGAAUAUGAGGAGGGUUUAGAGAAAGUAGGGAAGUAUGUGGCACGCUACCUAGCUGUUCGACAGAGGAGGUUAUUACUUGCUGCAAAGCUUCGGUCAGAUGAGCAGUCAGUAGCUGAGCUUGAUGAUGAAACUGCUUCAGAAGUGAGCAGUAGUUUUAGUGGAAUGAGUGCAUACACCACUGGGACAAGGAGGGGUUCAGCUGCUUCAAUCAGUUCAACCUCUACGAAGGGGAGAGGGCGUCAGCGAAAUAAGGGAAAAAUUCGUGCUGGCAGCCCUGGUGAGGAGAUGGCUUUGGUUGAACAUUUGAAUGGAAUGGCUUUGGCUACUGGAGCAAAACAUGAGAUUAAAUCUCUUUUAAUGUCCCUUCUGAUGCUUGGAGAGGAAGAUCUUGCUAGGAAAUUGCAACGCGCUUGUGAAAAUUUUCAACUGUCCCAAAUGGCAGCAGUAAAAUUAGCUGAAGAUGCAAUGUUGACUGAUAGCAUGGAUGACCAUGUGUAUUCCUUGGAGCAUUACAUUCGGAAAGUGAGGAAAGAAGUACACAAUUUGGAAGCUUUUUCUUGGCAGUCUAGAGUUUUGGUUUGACGAUGAAGAGUGUCCUUGAUACAGAAAGCAUUGCAUUGGACAGGGAUGAGAUCAUGAAGUUGUGUGAUUGGAACUUGAACCUAUUUUGUCAAAGCCUUCCGCGUUUUACUGGAAUCUGCUGUACUCUAAAGGAGGUCAUGCAGAAUAGAUUUGAAUGUAUCAUUCGUUUGUAAUCUAACUUUUCUGUAGCUUUAAGGCAUGCCAAUUUUUAUCGCCAGAAACUUAUUCAAUUGGCUUGCAAUGAUGUUAACACCACUUAAAGUUAACUUGGCAUUUGUUUAAAGUGCAGUUUGAGGGGGCUCAUGUUAGGUUUGCAAGUAUAUCUUAUCCUUAUCUGAUCUUUCUCUGGACCACUUCAUCAUUUGAGAUUGUAUUUUUCAAGUUGACUAUUGUAGUGGAGAAUAGCUUGAUUUUUUAGUGAUGAACAUUUUGCCAA